AUGCUCCUCGCGUUUGCUCCAGUUUUAAGUCGUAUACUAGCCGAUAUCAAGCCUCGGCUGCGAUAUCCGAGGACGAACGACUCCUCACCUUGCAUCUUGACUGUUCGUCUUGCCGGCAUAGGCCGCUCGUCAGAUGAUUCGAGCCAGUCUUAUAGUCACCCAACAAGCUACAACAUGCCUGCACGCACAAGCAUCAAGCCUAUCAAGCCGUACUCUGAUCCGCGAGUCCAGCACAAGACUGCUGUGCUCAACGGUCAAACUUACCAUUACCUGUUCGGGAGACCCUAUAAUGGGCCUGUGAGAGGGACUAUUUUCCUAGUACAUGGGUGGCCGGACUUGGCCAUAGGAUGGCGGUACCAAAUCCCGUUCCUGUUGGAAAUGGGAUUUGUGGUUGUUGCUGCUGAUAUGAUGGGAUAUGGGGGCACAGAUGCUCCUAAGGUUCCGCCGAAUGAUAUCCGUCUCUAUUCCUUGAAAAGAGCAUCCGAUGAUCUUGCUGAGCUAGCAAAACAGCUCGGUGUGAAGAAAUUAGUCCUCGGUGGCCAUGAUUGGGGUGGUAUGGUCGUCUGGCGAAUGGUUCAUUUCCAUCCAGAACUUGUGACGCACGUCUUUGCGAUCUGUACUCCCUACGCAGCGCCGCAAAAAGAAUAUGCGUCUAUUGAGAGCUUGGUUGACGGAGUCUUGCCGCAAUUUGCUUAUCAGAUUCAUCUGAGGAGUCCGGAAGUAGAAGGGAAGAUCAACACUCGCGAGCAAAUCAGACACUUCAUUGACGGUCUUUAUGGCGCCUCGGGACCAAACGCCGAGCUUGCUUUCGAUCCAUACAAAGGCGUACUUUUCGAGAACCUGCCGAAGUUACAAAGGGGACCUCUGCUCAGCGAUCAGGAGCUUGAUUACUAUACUGAGCAGUAUAGUCGUACCGGUCUCCAUGGUCCAGUGAGUUGGUACCGUGCGAGAGAGGUCAAUUGGGAGGAGGAGCAAAUUCUGCUGAAGAAGCCAACGGUCGAGGUGCCUACGCUAUUUGUGCAGGCCAAUCGAGACUCGGUUCUGUUUCCAGAGAUGUCGAGGUACAUGGAGAAGUAUUUGAAAGACUUAACUAGAGGAGAGGUGGAUGCUGGACAUUGGGUGCUGAUAGAGAAGCCUGACGCGGUCAACGCGCUCAUCAAAGAGUGGCUUGAGAAAGUAUUCCUAGGAGGUAGAAGCACCCUGUAGGUUUCGAACGAGGGGCUCCAAUAAGGCCAAGCUCUGCACGAAACAUCGAGCCAUUGAUCUGAGCAGAGGAGCUCAUCAGUGCGGGAGAGAGCCAAUAGCUUUGUGAAGUAAAAAUUGUAAACUGGUAGUGGAGUUCGAGGCAUACAAAUAGACGUCAUGGCCUGUAAACCAAGCAUGCUGCUCCUGUAGACUAAUCCUUCCGAUGCAUGAAUGCUACUGAUCUGGAGAACCGUGCGCACCAGCCAAUGGCCUCCGGGCAGCACUGCCAGCACAUUGAUUGAUGUUAUGGUCACGCCUUUGUGC